AUGAGGAGUUUAUUUUUCUUAAUUUUCGGCCUGACCGUUUCCAAUGUCGUGUUGUAUUGUGAAGGACAUUACCCCAUGCAUAUCAUACACUACAACGAUUUUCACGCAAGGUUUGAAGAAACAUCAGAUGACUUUCUCAUCUGCGACCACGAGAAGGAAUCGUGUUACGGCGGCUUACCUCGUCUAGUGUACGAGAUAGAAGCGAUAAGGCACCAGCACCCUGACUCCAUACUCCUGGAUGCUGGUGACAGCUUCCAAGGAACCUACUGGUACACCUUGCUUAAAUGGAACGCUACACAAUACUUCCUCAACAUGCUUAACAACGAUGCUCAUGCUAUUGGUAACCACGAAUUUGAUGAUGAUAUAGAAGGUUUAGUUCCCUAUCUCGCUAAUUUGAAAGCGCCUGUUCUUGCUGCAAAUCUGGAUAGCUCUGAAGAACCAAGACUUCAUGGAUUGUAUAGAUCCUAUACAAUUAUACAGAGGAAUGGCAAAAAAAUUGGUAUCAUCGGAGUCACUACGACCGUCACGCCGUCCUUAGCUCCAGUAGGAAAAGUGAAGUUCACUGACCCCAGGGAAGCAGCGUUGAGAGAAUCGAAGAAGCUUCACAAAAUGGGUAUUAACAUGAUACUCUUAUUGUCGCAUUGUGGAUAUCCAAUUGACGUAGAAAUAGCUCAAGACUACGGUAAAUACAUCGAUGUGAUAAUUGGGGGUCAUUCCCACAGAGACAAGACCGUCAUUUUCCCCUACCUGACCACCGUAGAGAGUAAUGAUGAUAGUAAUCACAAGGUUAUAGUACUACAAACAGAUGCGUUUACAAAAUUCCUUGGAAAUAUAUCUCUUUAUUUCGACUGUGAUGGUAACAUCGUGGAUUGGUCUGGUGAGCCGAUAGCCUUGGAUAACUCUAUACCUGAAGAUGAAAAUACGAAGAAUGCGUUAGAACCGUACGCCGAUAUGGUCCACGCAGCAGCUGCCAAGAAAAUCGGAUACAUUGACCGGUCCAUGGACCAUAGAGACUGCGUACACGGCGAAUGUUUGUUGGGGAAUUUCCUAACAGACGCUAUUAAAGAUAUUGCGAAAACAAAAGUAAAAAGUCGACAUCCAUUUAUAGCGCUGAUACAGCGAAGCAAUAUGAGGGCUGUGAUCCCAGAAGGAGACUUAACGGAAGGCUCCGUAGUGGAAAUGUUCCCUUAUUUCGAUUAUUUGAAAAGCUUCGAGUUACAGGGAAAAUACAUUAUGGAGGCUUUAGAAAGGUCGGCGAGUGAUUUGAUGAGCAGCAGAACAUUUACGGGGCCCUGGCUUCUGCAGGUUUCAGGACUCCAAGUGACAUAUAACAUUUCAAGACCAGAAGGGCACCGAGUUAAAUCCGUUUUUCUCACUAACAAGCUGAUAAAAAUACCAUUAAACAGCCAAAGGACGUACCAAGUGGUUGCUCCCAUUUAUAUAGCGAAUGGUGGAGACGGUUAUACGAUGCUUGGCGACAACAAGAGAAAUACUCAAGACUUAGGAUUUGAUCAACUCGGUCUUAGAGAAUACAUAAAAAGAUACAAGAAGUUCCACCCGAGACUCGAAAAUAGAAUAAAUAUUGAGAGUUGA